AGCCUCCUCAGUCCUCACGCGGCGCCUCUCUUCUUCGGUUCUCCGACCUCUGCGACGCUUCUGCCUCCGCCUCCGGCCUCCGGCCUCGGUCUCCAGCGUCGGCCUUCAAGGACAGCCUCCGCCUCUAACCUCUGUGUCCGCCUCCAGCCUCCUCCGCCGUCCUCCACUUUCGAGACCCAUCAAAGUUUAGCUCCUCCGCCGCCCUCCUCAGCCUCGAAGUUCGGGUUCUCCGUCUCCAAUUUCUUGAGUAUUUCCGGUAUCAGCCUCGAAGUCGAAGAGAAGGAUACUGUGUAGCAACUGACGACCUCAUAGUUGGGAAAUUUAUCUGAUGAUAGAGAACCGCAGAUAUGGUUAAUAAUGGGAGCAAAGCUGGAGUCUCAACAGGCGCACCACGUGAACUGAAUGUAUGGAAAUUCGUAGAGUCCAGAGCUCCUGAACUUGAGGGCCUUCACACUAUUGUUGCUCAACGUCUGGACCACAGUUUUCGGUCCCAGAGGAACAAGAGGAGGAGAACUACAGGACACGACAACAGGGUUGCAAAAAAGAAACCUAGGAAGAAAAGGAAAGUUGGAGAGGAUAAUACAGUUGAAACUGAUUUGGAGAGAACAGUUGAAAAGAAAGUUCCCCGUCGUGUUCGAAGGAACAUUGAACUCAAGAAAAACCCGUCUAGUGGAUUUGGUACUUCAACAGAUGGGACAAAGAGACUAAGAACUCAUGUUUGGCAUGCGAAGCGGUUCACGAUGAAAAAGCUUUGGGGAUUCUAUAUUCCUCUUGGUCUUCACGGCAGAGGAAGAGGCUCAAGAGCUCUACUGAAAAAAUUAAAACAUGGAUCACUUGUGCAUGAUGCGAGUUAUUAUGGAUCACUACAGUUGCAGGGUCCAGAGGGCAAGUUGAUAUCAGUUAUUGGUUCAGUGUUGGUGCCUUCUCCAUCAGCAUGUUGUGAAGAAACUUCACAUGAUAUUCUUGCUGGCACCAUCUUUGGAUCUGCUAUGCUUCAUCAUCCUGGAAAAACAUGUUUCUCUCCUAUUGCUCCUGUGACCUAUAUGUGGCGACCUCGGCAGGGAAUCUCUACUGACACAGAAAGGCUUAGAACAGAUGUUUCUGAUGGAGAACAGAAAGUUUGUGAUGAGACUAUCAUUCGCCAGCUCUUGGUGUGGGUACAUGCUGCUGCUUUUCAAGAAGCAUAUGAUUCUUUGAGCUCUGCCUGUGGGAGGCAUCAUUUCAGCAGUAAUGCAUAUGAAGUCCCCCGCAAGGCACUCGAGUAUUUCUACCGCGCAGACAUGACCCCUUCAGCUCACUGUGUUUCUCGUGAGGGCCAGCUUGCGAGAUUGGAAUUGGUAGGAUCAAAAGUAUUUGAACUGCUGCAGAAGACUCUGCUUCCUGCUAGCUGUAAAUGUUCGUUUGAUGAGCAUGUGGAUCUUGGGGAAUCAGAAAAGACUUCAAUCUUUCAUAAUGGACAUCAGAAUUCAUCUACAUCAAUUGUUUCAGUUGUUGUGAAGGACCCUCGGUUAUUGACUAAGAAGGGAAAUGUUAUUGUUCCUGAAGUAAAACCUCGUGGCUUAUCAAGUAAUGGAGAUUUUCAAGUUGAAGAGCAAACUUGUUCAUCAGUGCCUGAGCAUGAAGCUGAAUUUGCAAUUCAGAACUGUGAUUUAUGGGAUGCGAGAAAAGGGGCAUGUCCCCCUAUGGAAGAAAGUAUUCUUUGUUUGAAAAAACAUAAUAGUCGUAAGGAGUUUUUUCGCCUGGGUCAUCAAAGUUCUGAGCCUCAAUCUUCUGUUCCUGGAGAGUACUCGAGUGAGUGCCCUGUUUUGCUAUUGAAACACGGUACCAGUGAAAAAUCAGUUACUAGGUGUUCCAUUAUUCUCCCUCUAAGUUGGGUCAAAGCAUUUUGGAUCGUUUUUGUGUCAAACGGUGCUCAUGCCAUUGGUUUAAGAGAGAAGCAAUGGGUUGCUUGCGAGCUUGGAUUGCCAUACUUCCCCUUGGACUAUCCUGAUUGCAAUGCGUACUCAGAUUAUAUGGCAAAGGAGGCAAUCGAAAUUAACCAAAAAGCAAUACUUCGUCCUCUUUCCAAAAGACCAUUUGAAAUUCCAAUACCACCCCCCUGGAAUUGUUUGCACCUCACAUUAGAAAAUAGAUUGAAAAGUGAACCACAGGAUAAAACCUCUGCAUUUGAGGGUAUUGUAGCACGGACAUCUGUUGUACUGAGCGAAAACCUGAAAACCAAUAGUGACAAAAAAUUGUUUUGCUUCCCGAGGAAGCCCUAUGAGGAGAACUGCUUGUACAAGGUCAUUAGGGACAUAGAUUUUCUCAAACAAGACACUGUUUUAUCAGAAAAUAAGUGUGGGAAAACACCGUGUUAUGUUCGGGUUGUUUUGCGUGCUUACAAGGAAGGUGUUUUUGAACAAGGAGCAUUGGUAUGUGCACCCCUUCUGGCAGACAUCAGGAUGUGGAAAGCCGGCUCAGAAAGUGAUUACCAGAGUCUUCAAAUACCCCAGUCUUCUUUGCGGUCAUACUUUAUGCACUUGCCAUCCGGUGAAUGGGAACUUCAGAUACCUGAGGACCAAUCUCUCCAUAGGUGGCCCAUUGGAUUUGUUACAACUGGUUUUGUUCGGGGAAGGCAAGUGCUCAAAAAGUCAACAGCAGUGGCUCUUUGUGAGGCAAGCAUGCUCUCUAUGCUUCGUGAGGAACAAUGGAAGGCAGUGCCAGUGAGGCAGAGGAAAGAAGAGAUAUAUGUUCUAGUGAGGAAUAUGAGAUCCACUUCCUAUAGACUUGCUCUCGGAACCAUUAUUUUAGAACAACAGGAAAAAGACGUGGAAUUCAUGUGAUCUAUUUUCCCUUGCAUUGAUUACUCGAGCCUUAAUCAGGUUUCUUCAGAUCUAUGUCAUUUUCUCUCUCUCUCUCUCUCAUAGAUCUUUCUCCCCCUGCAACCGGAAGCUCAAGGAACUCGCCGCCCUCCGCUUGUCCUCGCCUCCGCCGGAAUUUUUUGCGCGUUCUGCAAAUCUCUAACACCGCUCUUCAUCUUCCAGCGUCGUACGUCUACAACAAAGACUCGUUCUCGAGGCGAAAAAUUUCAUUGGCUUUGUGCGGGGUGCCCAGUCCUCGAACUCCCAUCGCUUGUGGAUCUUGCACUGGCGGCGGGCACAUCUCGCAGUGAUGAGACCUCGAAUUGAUUGCUCGUCCAACGACGAAUCGUUUAAUUUUGAUUUUUUUAUGCGGGAGUUCAAUUAGGGCUUGAGUAAUGUGUAUUAAUUGGGAAUUUUUCCGCGCAGAUGAAGAUGGAUAAGAAUUAAGAAAUUUGAGGCUUGAGUAAUGUGGAUUAAUUUCGACGCCUGGAUCUGAAGUUAUUUUCAGUAUAUGUUUUGUAUAUGUUUGGUAUAUAUAUAUAAACCCAGAAAAUUG